UCGCGCAGUCUGCACAUGCGCUCUUUGAUCCCCUUUCGCCCAACGUAGAGUAGCCUUGAAACGAAGAUCAUCUUUCGGGAUAUUUCUCCAGUACCCAAAAUAAAACAGCCCUUCUGCUAGUGAAAUUCAUUUAACAUGGAUGACGACGGGUCCAAGUCCUAUUCAAACAGUGAUGUUAACAUUCCAGUCAAUGUUCAAGGCAACUUGAGACACUUGUCACCCUACCUAAAUUUCGAUCCAGUGUAUCUGCCUCCCACUCAACCAGAGUUCAUAUUCCCUGAAGGAGCAGCAAGGCAAAGAGGGCGGUUUGAACAUGCCUUCUCCCAGAUCGGAGCUUCGUGUAUGGUCGGAGCUGGUGUCGGAGGCAUGGGAGGUUUAUAUAAUGGCCUUAGACUCACAACUUUAGCUGGUCAGAAGGGCCGCCUCAGAGUAACACAGUUAAUUAACCACACUAUGAAGAAAGGAGCUGCAUCAGCCAACACAUUAGGAAUUAUAGCUUUGAUGUACAGUGGCUUUGGUGUAGUUUUGUCAUAUUUUCGCAAUGCUGAAGAUGAACUGAACACGUUAGCCGCAGCUACUCUCACUGGAAUGGUUUAUAAAUCUACCUCCGGCUUAAGGAAAUGUGCAACUGGAGGAGCUGUUGGCUUGGGUAUUGCUGCAGCAUACUGCUUAUGGACAUCAAGAGAUCGCCAUCUUGAAUUCAAACGUCAACUUCACCCCAUAUAAGAACUUUAGAAAUCAGGCUUUAAGCAGGUUAUUGCUUAAGGACUGAGGAAGUGCCUUAUACUUCCUCUCCUGUAGUAAAUUAUAUCUUUCUCUUUUGAACAUGAAAGCAUUCACUUCCAAAUUUGAAUCAUGUUUUGUUUUUUUAUUCAUAUUGUUUAACAAUCACAUCUUGCUUCUUUAUUCGUUUUCCUUGUUGUGCAACUUAUUGAUAUUAAAUUAAGUUUUCCAUCCUG